UGAAGUCCCUGGUGCAGCCGUGCAGUGUGCUCGGAAGGAAGGAAUCGGGCCGAUCGAUGGAGUCGUUGGCCAACGCAGGAGCAGCAUGCACCGAGCGCCUGGGGCCGCACGUCGUGCUGCUCGCCAGCCCGGGAGCCGGCCACCUCAUCCCGCUGGCCGAGCUGGCGCGGCGGCUCGUCGACCACCAGGGCUUCGCGGCCACGCUCGUCACCUUCACCGACCUCUCCUCCCCGGAGGCCCUCUCCGGCGUCCCCGCCUGCGUCGCCACAGCCGCGCUCCCGCCCGUGCCGCUCGACGACCUCCCCGCCGGCACUAGUAUGAGUACCGUGCUUCUCGAGCUCAUCCGUCGCUCCCUACCGAGCCUCCGCGCCCUCCUCCGCUCCGUCGGUGCCCCCCUCGCCGCGCUGGUGCCGGACUUCUUCUGCUCCGCGGCGCUGUCGCUCGCCGCCGAGCUCGGCGUCCCGGGCUAUGUCUUCGUGCCCACCAACCUCACCACUAUCGCCGUCAUGCGCGCCGCUGUGGAACUCCACGAGGGCGUUCCGCCCGGCGAGUACCGCGACCUCCCCGACCCUCUGGAGCUUCCAGGGGGCGUGUCGCUGCGCCACGCCGACCUGCCGGCCUCGUUCCAGAGCAGCGGCGAGUCGGUCUACGCGCACUUACUGGAGGCGGGCCGGUGCUACCGCCGCGCGGACGGCUUCCUGGUGAACACCUUCUACGAGAUGGAGCUCGCCACCGUGGAAGAGUUCAAGCUGGCAACGGAGCGAGGCGCGUUCCCGCCCGUGUUCCCAGUUGGGCCGUUCGUCCGGCCGAGCAUAAUCUCCGACGAAGCCGCCGGCGCGUUCGCGUGCCUAGACUGGCUCGAUCUCCAGCCGACGGGAUCCGUGGUGUACGUCUCCUUCGGGAGCGGCGGGUCGCUGACUGUGGAGCAGACCACGGCCGAGCUCGCCGCUGGGCUGGAAGUGAGCGGCCACCGGUUCCUCUGGGUCGUGAGGAUGCCAAAUCUGGACGGUGGCAAGGACGGCCAUGACCGUGACGACGACAACCCAAACCCGUUGGCGUGGCUCCCGGAGGGCUUCCUGGAGAGGACCAAGGACAAGGGGCUGGCCGUGGCGGCGUGGGCGCCUCAGGUGCGCGUGCUGUCCCACCUGGCGACGGCGGUGUUCGUGUCGCACUGCGGCUGGAACUCCACUCUGGAGAGCGUGUCGGCCGGCGUGCCGAUGGUGGCGUGGCCGCUGUACGCGGAGCAGCGGAUGAACGCCGUGGCCCUGGUAGGGAGCGCCGGGGUGGCGCUGCCGCUGCGUCCGCGGGAGGCCGACGGCGUGGUGGCGCGCGACGAGAUCGCGGGCGCGGUGAAGGAGCUGAUGGAGAGUGCGGAGAAGGGGCGCGCCGUACGGCGGCAGGCCGGGGACCUGCAGCAGGCGGCGGCGCGCGCGUGGUCGCCGGAAGGGUCGUCCCGCCGGGCGCUGGAGGACGUCGCGGCCACGUGGAAGAAGGCGACGCUCGGCAAGGUGAAGUAACCGACGGACGCGCGCGCGAGCGGCAAAUCGGUACUGCCUGUGUAUCGAUAUCAUUUAAACAUGUUUAAAAAUUCUGAAAAGAAUCAUGGAUGCUCACAACACAUAUGUCGAUGACUCCUAAAAAAUUCAUAUCCAAAUUUAAAAAACACAAGGAGAAACAAAAAAGACAAAUUUAGAUGUGAA